CUGCGCACAGCGCGCUCUCGCCAGAGGAGCCGCAGUCUCGGGAGCGCCCAGGCGGUGUUUCGAUAAUCUCUGACCCGCCUCUCCUGCGAACCCGGCGUCAUUGGACUGCACCCCGGGUGGGGACGUCCGCCAAGCACGGGAGGAAGCAACGAUGCCGAUCAAUAAAUCAGAGAAGCCAGAAAGCUGCGAUAAUGUGAAGGUGGUGGUUAGGUGCCGGCCCCUCAAUGACAGAGAGAAAUCAAUGUGCUACAAGCAGGCUGUCAGUGUGGAUGAGAUGAGGGGAACUAUCACUGUACAUAAGACUGAUUCUUCCAAUGAACCUCCAAAGACGUUUACUUUUGAUACUGUUUUUGGACCAGAGAGUAAACAACUAGAUGUUUAUAACUUAACUGCCAGACCUAUUAUUGAUUCUGUUCUUGAAGGCUACAAUGGGACUAUUUUUGCAUAUGGACAAACUGGAACAGGUAAAACUUUUACCAUGGAAGGUGUUCGAGCUGUUCCUGAACUUAGAGGAAUCAUUCCAAAUUCAUUUGCUCACAUAUUUGGUCAUAUUGCAAAAGCAGAGGGUGAUACAAGAUUUUUGGUUCGAGUGUCUUAUUUGGAAAUAUAUAAUGAAGAAGUUCGUGACCUUUUGGGCAAGGAUCAGACACAGAGGUUAGAGGUUAAAGAAAGACCUGAUGUGGGAGUUUAUAUCAAGGAUUUAUCAGCUUAUGUGGUAAAUAAUGCUGAUGAUAUGGAUAGAAUUAUGACACUGGGCCACAAAAAUCGUUCUGUUGGUGCAACUAAUAUGAAUGAACAUAGUUCCCGUUCCCAUGCCAUCUUUACAAUUACUAUAGAAUGCAGUGAAAAAGGCGUUGAUGGUAACAUGCAUGUCAGGAUGGGGAAGCUCCAUCUUGUAGAUCUUGCUGGUUCAGAAAGACAAGCAAAAACUGGAGCUACUGGGCAGCGCCUGAAAGAAGCUACAAAAAUCAAUCUUUCACUUUCUACCCUUGGUAAUGUUAUUUCUGCCUUGGUUGAUGGAAAAAGCACUCAUGUGCCUUAUCGUAACUCUAAAUUGACUCGUCUUCUUCAGGAUUCCUUAGGAGGAAAUUCAAAAACCAUGAUGUGUGCAAAUAUUGGACCAGCAGAUUACAAUUAUGAUGAAACCAUCAGUACAUUGCGGUAUGCUAAUCGUGCUAAGAAUAUUAAAAAUAAAGCUAGAAUUAAUGAAGAUCCAAAGGAUGCUUUGCUUCGUCAGUUUCAGAAAGAAAUAGAAGAACUGAAAAAAAAGCUUGAAGAAGGGGAAGAAAUAUCAGGCUCUGAUAUCAGUGGGUCAGAGGAGGAUGAUGAUGAAGAGGGUGAGGUUGGAGAAGAUGGAGAGAAAAGGAAAAAAAGAAGGGGCAGUAGCAGCAGCAGUAGUUCAGACUCCACAUGUUCUGUCAUAGAGAAACCUCUGGAUAAGUUCUUGCCUAAUCAAGCAGGUAAAAAGAAAGUUUCCCCAGAUAAAAUGGUUGAAAUGCAAGCAAAAAUUGAUGAGGAGAGAAAAGCACUUGAAACAAAGCUUGACAUGGAAGAAGAAGAAAGAAACAAGGCUAGAGCUGAGUUAGAGAAACGGGAAAAAGAUCUUCUUAAGGCCCAACAAGAGCAUCAGUCUUUGCUAGAGAAAUUAUCUGCACUGGAGAAGAAGGUAAUUGUUGGUGGUGUUGAUUUGUUGGCAAAAGCUGAGGAACAAGAGAAACUUCUUGAAGAAUCCAACAUGGAAUUGGAAGAAAGGAGGAAAAGAGCAGAGCAACUUCGCAGAGAACUUGAGGAAAAGGAGCAAGAACGCUUGGAUAUUGAAGAAAAGUAUACCAGUUUGCAAGAAGAAGCUCAAGGAAAGACCAAGAAAUUAAAGAAAGUUUGGACUAUGCUGAUGGCUGCGAAGUCAGAGAUGGCCGAUCUCCAACAGGAACAUCAGAGGGAAAUUGAAGGCCUUUUGGAGAACAUUCGACAACUUAGCCGGGAACUUCGACUUCAGAUGCUUAUUAUUGAUAAUUUUAUACCUCAGGAUUAUCAGGAAAUGAUUGAAAACUAUGUCCAUUGGAAUGAAGACAUAGGGGAAUGGCAACUAAAAUGUGUUGCCUACACAGGAAAUAACAUGAGAAAGCAGACUCCAGUUCCUGAUAAAAAGGAGAAAGACCCCUUUGAGGUGGACCUUUCCCAUGUGUAUCUUGCCUAUACUGAGGAGAGCCUACGGCAGUCCUUGAUGAAAUUAGAGAGGCCACGGACUUCAAAGGGGAAAGCAAGGCCAAAAACAGGGAGAAGAAAGCGUUCUGCAAAGCCUGAAACUGUAAUUGACUCUUUACUUCAGUAAAUGUUACAGACUUAAAGUCAGAAUAAAAAUUAGUGAUAUCCUCAUGCCUGGACAAAACCUUUAAUUAAAACACUGAAGACUUUUGUGUUAUUUCAAAUAAUGGAAGCUGUAGAUCAUGCAGUAAGACUGGAACUAAUAAUUUGCCUAAUAACUUUUAGUCUAUAUAUAUUAAGUUAAUAUAACAUUAAAAUUGUACAAUUGGUAAUUGUUCAAAUUGUCAUAUUAGUUUUCAACUUAUACUGUGCAGGGAAGUUGAGAGAGCAGCUUAUACUAUAGAGAGUUGCAGUUUAAAUGUAUACAUAAAUCUGCUAGUGAUUUACUCAACUACUGUAUAUUUAGAUAACCGGAUAUUCAAAAUAGAAAAAAAAUAUAAGUCCUGUUUUGCACAUAGAAAGUUGCAGGUCUAAUUGUCCUAUGUUUUCCUGUUAUAUAUGAAUGUAUGGGCUGCAAAUCUAAGAAAUGAUUCUAUCCUAACACCCACCUGGCCUUUUAUAAUAUGUUCUAAUUUUUAUACUAACAUUCAUUGCAUUUAAAAUAUGAGAUGGGUGAUCUUAUUGAUCUAUAGAAAAUUUUAUAAUUCUAUAGUCAAUCUUUAGAAGUAUACAUGUUUAAAAAACAAAAGUUGAAGAUAUGUUUCAUCUGGACCUCUCAUGAUUUCUUUUUGCCACUUUGACUUCAAGUCAAAUUUUUUGUUUGUUUUGGUUUCAUGUUUCUUGAAACAUUGAAUCUGUACCUGAAUACAAAGGAGUCACAGCUGCAGAAAAUUAAGAAGCUAAAUACUGGUCACUAACAUUUGCCUCUGUGGCUAUUAUUUUUUUAAAUUCACUUUGAAACAUGAUUAACUGAUGCUUUCCUGUGUCUGAGUUCUAAAUUUUGAUGAAAAUUGCUCUGUUUCUCCCAACUGAGAAAGAUCUCCGUUUUCUAGAAAAUACAGACAAAGCAAGACAAAUAUCUUUUAAUUCUUUGCCUUUAAAACACUUUGUUUUGUCUUUCUUCUUAUUUUAUAAAGAAAAUAUUCUUCCCUGAAUUUCUUCCAUUGACAAAUCCAGUUAGACCAUACCUCUAAAAUAAAAAUUAUUUUUAUUUUAUAGUAAAAAAAAAAAAGUCAUAGAAUUGUUUGUUCUUUUGUUGACUGCUUACAAAAUUUUUAUUUUUUUAAAGUUAUGCUACUCCAAAACCACUAUAUAUAUAUAUAUAUAUCUUUUAUGAGUUUUAAAAUUAUGUAAUCAGCCCUGAAAUGCAUUGGCUACAAGUUUUAAGACUUCAUAAAUGAGUAUUUAUUAAGUUAACAUUAUUUUAGUAAGUUUGGUUAAAUAUUGGUUUAUAAUUACAAAGAUGUAUAUAGAAUGGGAGUGAGCGAAUGUAGCGUUAUUUGUGAGGUGGUGGUAAAAAUGUGUCCAUAAAUUUAAAGUACAUUCCAAAGGUGAUGUACUAAAUAUCCUGUGUAUGGUGAAUAUUUUCUAGGUAAUAAGAAUUGCAGUUAACUGGCAGCAUUUUCUUUGUAACGUGUAAGAUAGUUAGACAUUUAUAACUUUGUGGGGCAUUGUUUAGGUACCGUGAAGACUUGAGGUGAAUUUAUGUCUUGUAAAAGCUUUGUGUAAGCAGAAUAUCUUGGCAAUUGUAGAUGCAUAUUUAACUCUGUUAAUAAUAACUCUAGAGAAAUCUUAAUUUUACCAGUAGGAAAAAAAUAUGACUACUUCUUCUUUUUAAAGAAUGCACGUGUCUACCCUUUAACCAUCCAGUUAAUAGAAAAGGAAUAACUUUAGAAUUAAGCUUUAAAACAUUAUAGAAAAUUUAAGCCAGUACGUUAGGUUUUUUUUCUUUUCCACGCCAUAGCAGUAACAAAACGAAAUCUAUAAAAACUCAAAACGUUGAGAAAUUUUAAAAACAGGCUACUUUAGCAGUUUUUUUUUAAAGCAUUUAUAUUAGAACUGAUUAUACCAGAUGGGCAUUAAAUAGUCAUCUUAUAUAAUACCAAGAUUAGAUAUUGGAGCCAGGCCUGAGUAUCCAUGUGAAAACAUGGGAACCUGACUUUAGAGCUCUUCACUUAGCUCUAAUCAUAGUAGUUCUGUGGUUUCCUCACAGUUACUUUGUGUCAUUGUCCAUAAAUGAAAUAUUUUGCAACUUUGGUGUUAAUUUCCUGAAAGGCUAUAGAUGAACAAACUUGCUCAUUAUUUGAUAUAGGAAGCAGAUUUAAAAUGAGUGUCACAUAUAAGUAGGUUAUUGAAUGGCUAUUUUUCUCUUUAAUUUAAAAAAGUAAUAUUUAUUAAAAGGAGCCUUGGUAGAAUGUUGUUUGUGGUAUGUUCUUUAGUAAACCUUGCAAUUACAUGUAGUAAUAAGGAUAUUAAAAUAUAAUAGUAUUCCCCAUUUUUGUCUAGAUUCUUGUGAAGUAUAAGAGUAGUCAAGGUGGCGGGUCUACAUCUAUGUGUUCGUCCCACAAGUAGAAUCCAUUUGACAUGCUGUGGCAUCUACUUUCUGGGAAAAGGGGACUUUUUUUUGCUGCAAGAAAUUUAAGGUUACUUUGGGGGAGAGGGUGGUGCUACUUCAACUGUAACAUGUUUUUAAUAUUACGAUUAUAGGUUUCGGUUGUUUUGUUUCUUUCUAGUCUUUUAAAAAUAUUUUUUCCCUUAACUCUUAUCUUAAGGAAAGUCCCUCCCUUUCCUACAGGGCUGUGAAUUAAAGAACGGGUAGAGUUUACAUUUAAGUAUGCCAGUGUCUGCCCAGUUUCUUAAUGUAUGCAUUUGUUUUCCUUUUUAGUUAUUCUUUGAUCUAAAAUGCUAGAAGAAAACAUAGAUCUUCCUAGUGCCUUUGAACUUAUACUGUAGUCUAAUUUAAAUCAUUAAUAACUUAAAUAGCAUUACUACAAUACUGUAUACUGGCCAGAAUUACAAAUCAUAUGAUAAGUUUGUCGUAUUAAUUUCAAAAGCCAACUUUCAUUGUAUUUUAUGUAUAUAUUGUAUUUGUUCAAGUUGUAUAUAUUGAUAUUGUAUGUAUACAUACAGCAUGGUUAAAUAAGAAAUAAAAACCUUUACCUAAUG